AUGGACGACGAUCAAAUUCGUUUACUUAUUGAAAAUAUUGAUGAUGGAAAUACCGAGUUUGACGAAAUCGAUGGCAGUGAUGAAGAAGGAGUUGAUGAGGUAGAAUAUAUAAGUCAUAAUAGUGAUUCUGAACAAUCUUUAGACGGUGAUUAUGAAGAUAAUGGCACCUAUUUAUUUUCUAAUUGGUCGAACGGACCGCAAUUUAUAGGGAAAGAUGGUAAAACUUUUUGGAAAUAUUGUCCUCCACCAAAAAAUAAUAGAAUAAGACGACAUAAUAUAGUUAGACAUAUACCUGGAGUAAAAGGGCUUGCUAAAAAUGCAAAUAGUGUUGAAGAAUCGUGGAAUUUAUUUUUUCCAGAUUCUAUUUUGGAACAAAUUGUUACAUACACAAAUAUUUAUCUUGACCGUAUAAGACCAAAGUUUGAUCGUUCACGUGAUGCAAGACCGACUAGUCUAACAGAAAUAAAAGCGCUAAUCGGUUUAUAA